AUGUCCUACAGCGUGACCCUGACCGGGCCUGGACCCUGGGGCUUCCGCCUGCAGGGGGGCAAGGACUUCAACAUGCCGCUCACCAUCUCCCGGAUCACGCCGGGCAGCAAGGCAGCCCAGUCCCAGCUCAGUCAAGGUGAUCUCGUGGUGGCCAUUGACGGUGUCAACACAGACACCAUGACCCACCUGGAGGCCCAGAACAAGAUCAAGUCCGCCAGCUACAACCUGAGCCUCACCCUGCAGAAGUCGAAGCGCCCCAUUCCCGUAUCCACGACAGCGCCCCAGGUCCAGUCCCCUCUGCCGGUGAUUCCCCACCAGAAGGACCCCGCUCUGGACAUGAACGGCAGUGUGGCGGUGCCCAGCCCCAGCCCCGAGGCACAGGCCGGCCCAGGCAGCCCGGGCACAGCAGAGCUCAGGCAGACCCUGAGCUCCUCAUUCUCCCAGACCUCCCCUCCAUGGGGCAGCCUGGGGGCCAAGACCAGCCCCGAGGGCCCGAAAGUCCCACACGGCUCGAGACAGCCAAGGCAGUAUAACAACCCCAUUGGCCUGUACUCGGCAGAGACACUGAGAGAGAUGGCUCAGAUGUAUCAGCUGAGCCUCCGAGGGAAGGCCUCAGGUGCUGGACUCCCAGGAGGCGCCGACUACCAGGAACGCUUCAACCCCAGCGCUCUGAAGGACUCGGCCCUGUCGACCCACAAGCCCAUUGAGGUGAAGGGACUGGGAGGCAAGGCCACCAUCAUCCACGCGCAGUACAACACACCCAUCAGCAUGUACUCCCAGGAUGCCAUCAUGGACGCCAUCGCUGGGCAGGCCCAGGCCCAGGGCAGUGACUUCAGUGGGAGCCUUCCUGUUAAAGACCUGGCUGUGGACAGUGCCUCUCCCGUGUACCAGGCUGUGAUCAAGAACCAGAACAAGCCGGAAGAAGAGGCUGACGAGUGGGCCCGCCGCUCCUCUAACCUGCAGUCUCGUUCCUUCCGCAUCCUGGCCCAGAUGACAGGAACAGAGUAUAUGCGAGACCCGGACGAAGAAGCUCUGCGAAGGUCAAGGCCCCAGGCUUCUGCCUACAGCCCUGCAGUAGCCACCUUUCCAGCACUUGCUGCCCACACCAGCUACACUGAGGCCCCGGCUGCCCCUGCACCCAAGCCCCGGGUUGUGACCACAGCCAGUAUCCGGCCUUCUGUCUAUCAGCCAGUGCCUGCGUCUACCUAUAGCCCAUCCCCAGGGGCAAAUUACAGUCCAGCUCCCUACACCCCCUCGCCUGCUCCUGCCUACACCCCUUCAUCUCCCCCCACCUACACCCCCUCACCGGCACCAGCCUACACCCCCUCACCUGCCCCAAGCUAUAACCCUGCCACCUAUGGUGGGGGCCCUGCGGAGCCUACCAGCCGCCCCCCCUGGGUGACAGACAACAGCUUCUCCCAGAAGUUUGCCCCUGGGAUGAGCACCACGUCACUCAGCAAGCAGCCCCUACCCAGGGGGGCCCCAUCGUACACUCCAGCAGGACCCCAGGUAUCCCCCCUUGCCAGGGGCACCGUCCAGAGAGCCGAGCGAUUCCCAGCCAGCAGCCGGACUCCACAUUGCAGCCACUGUAACAGCAUCAUCCGGGGCCCCUUUCUGGUAGCCAUGGGCCGCUCCUGGCACCCGGAAGAGUUCAACUGUGCCUACUGCAAGACCUCGCUGGCUGACGUGUGCUUUGUGGAGGAGCAGAACAAUGUCUACUGCGAGCGGUGUUACGAGCAGUUCUUUGCCCCACUGUGUGCCAAGUGCAACACCAAAAUCAUGGGGGAGGUAAUGCAUGCCCUGAGGCAGACCUGGCACACCACCUGCUUCGUCUGUGCAGCCUGUAAGAAGCCCUUCGGGAACAGCCUCUUCCACAUGGAAGAUGGGGAGCCCUACUGCGAGAAAGACUACAUCAAUCUGUUCAGCACCAAGUGUCACGGCUGUGAUUUCCCCGUGGAGGCUGGUGACAAGUUUAUCGAAGCCCUGGGACAUACCUGGCAUGACACUUGCUUCAUUUGCGCAGUCUGCCACGUGAACCUGGAGGGGCAGCCAUUCUACUCCAAGAAGGACAAGCCCCUGUGCAAGAAGCACGCGCACGCCAUCAACGUGUAG